UCGGAAAUUUUUCCGUUGUUUUAUCGUUGAUCAAUGAAUUAGUUUUACCAACGAAAGAAAGAAUCAAUAGAAAAAUAUUUGGAGGACGGUUUUGAUUGAUGAUCAUGUGGCAUUGGAUCCAUCUCAAAUCUAGAAGAGAAGCGGAAUAUUCAUCUUAUCUGUUAUCCACUAUAUUCUCUCUUCAACUGUUCGCGGUUUGCUAACGUCUUCAUUAUAUGUGCGCUGUGUCUCUCAGUCCAUGCGAGUUUCGGGUAAUAACAGUCUCUGUAAAUGGAGCCUCUAAUCCCCACCAAGACCCUGAAGCGAGUAUCACCAAAGGCCCUUCUCACCAAGUCUCCCCUUCUUCAAUCUACGUUCAAAUGUCAGCGCUUCUUCUUCAAUAGCCAUCUUCACGCUCUCCCCAAUAGGAGAAUUCCCUCUCUCAAAAUUGACUCUAAACUUAAAACUUCUCAAGAUAACAAGAAGAAACCUAUUACCCAGAAGAUAAUUCUCUCUGAAGGGGCACCGCCUCUGUCGGAGGACGUUGCUGGAAAUGAAGAAACUUCGGCCAAGUCCCAGAAUUCGUCGAGUCCAAUGCCGGUGUUGCGGUUCUUUAAGAAGAUACCAAGAAGGUUUUUAGCGCUCCUCUCUAAUUUACCCUUGGCUAUUGGAGAAAUGUUUUCCAUUGCAGCUCUUAUGGCUCUAGGGACUGUAAUUGAUCAAGGAGAAGCUCCAGAUUUCUAUUUCCAGAAGUACCCAGAAGAUAAUCCUUUGUUGGGAUUCUUCACUUGGAGAUGGGUUCUUGGACUUGGGUUUGAUCACAUGUUCUCAUCUCCUGUUUUCUUGGGGAUGUUGGUUCUCCUUGCUGCAUCACUCAUGGCCUGUACAUACACAACACAGAUUCCACUUGUUAAGGUUGCACGAAGAUGGUCUUUCUUGCACUCAGUUGAGGCUAUCCGCAAACAAGAAUAUGCAGAUUCUCUGCCUAGAGCAUCAGUUCAAGACUUGGGCAUUAUUUUAAUGGGUGCUGGUUAUGAGGUAUUCUUGAAAGGACCAUGUUUAUAUGCCUUCAAGGGGUUGGCUGGUCGAUUUGCCCCAAUUGGAGUCCAUUUAGCAAUGCUCUUGAUAAUGGCAGGAGGAACUCUCAGUGCUGCUGGAAGCUACAGAGGCUCAGUCACUGUUCCACAGGGACUGAACUUUAUUGUUGGAGAUGUGCUAAGGCCAAAUGGGUUUCUUUCUACUCCAAUGUCAUCUUUCAAUACUGAGGUUCAUAUAAACAGAUUCUACAUGGACUACUAUGACAGUGGCGAGGUGUCUCAGUUUCAUACCGAUCUUUCUCUAUUUGACCUCGAUGGGAAAGAGGUGCUGAGGAAAACAAUAAGUGUGAAUGACCCUUUGAGAUAUGGAGGUGUCACUAUAUAUCAGACUGAUUGGAGUAUUUCAGCACUUCAGAUACGCAAGGAUGAUGAAGGACCAUUCAAUUUGGCUGUGGCACCUCUUAAACUAAAUGGGGACAAGAAGCUUUUUGGGACAUUCCUACCAGUUGCAGAUUCUGAUUCUCCUAAUGUGAAGGGAAUAUCCAUGCUUGCUCGCGAUCUACAGUCAAUUGUCCUGUAUGAUCAAGAGGGGAAAUUUGCAGGAGUCCGGCGACCUAAUUCGAAACUUCCAAUUGAAAUUGAUGGGAUAAAAAUAGUAAUUGAAGAUGCCAUUGGUAGUAGUGGCCUUGAUCUGAAGACUGAUCCAGGGGUUCCAAUUGUAUAUGCUGGAUUUGGUGCCCUUAUGCUCACAACUUGCAUUAGCUAUCUAUCUCAUUCUCAGAUAUGGGCCUUACAAGACGGAACAACAGUGGUUGUUGGAGGAAAGACUAAUCGAGCUAAGGUUGAAUUUCCUGAGGAGAUGAAUCGCUUGCUUGACCGGGUUCCAGAGAUAGUAGAUUCCUCUUUAUAAUUGGAAUGAGGAGAGAGAGAGAGAGAGAGAGAGAGAAUGUUAACAGAAUCCAAAAAGAAUGACAAUGACAGUCAAUUUAAUUCUUUGUGAAUAUGUAUAUAUGCUGAUUUUUUCUAUAUGCAUGGAACCUGAAACAAUAACAUAAAGUCUAGCGCAAAUAAUUUCUCCAUAUAUUCUAUACAUAUCUGCAUUUGCAUCCACUUGUGUA